GCCCGAAUCGAUUAUGGCUUUUGAGCAAAAGCGGCAGAUGUUCGCCAACAACCCGGACAUCACCUUCGAGGAAGCCUUCGGAGGCGAUGUGGCGCAGCAGAAGCUCUACCAGAAGACACAUUUUGCCGAAAUCUACGUCCAGAGCGUUGUUGGCAACAACCUCCACAGUUUGCUUCGUCACUGGAGUGUGGAUGACCGUGACGCCAGAUUUGUUCUUAGCAACUAUGCGGCUGGCGGCCUACCGUUUGUGCAGCAAGCUAUAGCAGAGACCAUGCUCGGUCUGAUGGAAGGAUUAGUGGCAUGCAGCAUUCGUAACAUUGCCAACCUGACGGACAUGGGAGAUUGCAUCGACACUCUUGAGCUGGUAUUUCGCAGGUUGAGCAAGCCUCAGCGACAGAGGUGGGUGUCCUUAUUGGUCGAACUGCUGAUGACCACUGACAUUUCCCGCGGGCGCGAGAGAAUGAUGCAGCUCCUUACGAUGAUAUGGCUAUCUGAUGACGAUCCUGGGCGAACCUACGCAGAAGCAGAGAAGCAGCUCAG